AUGUGGUACACUACUAAUGUCUACGUUAUUUGCGCCUUCGCCGCGAUAGGCGGUGGUCUUUUCGGCUUCGAUAUCUCGAGUAUGUCUGGUGUUCUUGGAACUCAAGCAUAUGUCAGAUACUUCCACAAUCCUCAAUCCUACGGUCAAGGUGGAAUUACCUGUGCUAUGCCCGCUGGAUCUCUCAUCGGUGCUUUAGCUUCCUCUUUCAUUGCGGAUAGAUGGUCUAGACGAGCUAGCAUUCAAAUUGCGUCUAUUUUUUGGAUUAUUGGUUCAAUUAUCCAGUGUGCUUCAAUCAAUGUAGCUAUGCUGGUUGUCGGUCGAGUCAUUGCUGGUAUCUGUGUUGGCAUUGCUUCUGCGAUCUGCCCUGUCUAUCAAUCAGAGAUUGCUCCAAAGGAAAUCAGAGGCCGAGUUGUCUCUCUUCAACAAUGGGCAAUCACAUGGGGUAUUCUUAUUCAGUACUUCAUCCAAUACGGUGCUUCGACAAUCGGAGGUGGUGCAGAAAACCCAGACCAACCUACUUCCGCUUUCCGAAUCCCCUGGGGUGUACAAAUCGUUCCUGCAGUUGUCUUGUUCUUUGGUAUGUUCUUCUUACCACGAUCUCCUAGAUGGUUGGCCUCCAAGGAUAGAUGGGAGGAAGCCAUCAAGGUUAUUGCAGACCUCCAUGGUGGCGGUAAUGUAAACCACCCAAAGGUUCUCGCAGAAUAUCAAGAGAUUGAGGAGGCACUCCGAUUCGAACGUGAAGAAGCUAUCAGCUCUUACAAGCAACUCGUGGCCCCACGUAUGAUCAAGCGUGUCGUUCUAGGAAUGUCCAUUCAGAUGUGGUCUCAACUCUGCGGCAUGAAUAUCAUGAUGUACUACGUCGUUUAUAUCAUGCAAGGUGCAAACAUUGCUAACCCGCUUAUUACCGCCUCAAUUCAAUACAUCCUCAAUGUGUUGUUGACUUUACCUGCUAUCAUCUAUCUUGAUCGUUUCGGACGUCGCCCAGCCAUGCUCAUCGGUUCCUUCCUCAUGAUGACCUUCCUAUUCAUUGCCGGUGGGCUUCAAGCAGGCUACGGUGAACCCAACAACACAUCGAAGACUCAAACUGAACAGAAUAAAAAUCUGACAUGGGUUGUUCAUGACAAGAAGGGUGUGUCAUCUGCCAUCGUCGCUAUGACAUAUCUAUUUGUUUGUGCAUUUGCAACAACCUGGGGACCUUCAUCGUGGACUUACCCAGCCGAAAUCUUCCCCAACAAGAUUCGUGCAAAGGCUGUUUCUCUCGCAACUUCGGCAAAUUGGUUCUGGAACUGUGUUCUUGCUUUUGCUGUUCCACCACUGUUGAAGAAUAUCAACUGGAAGAUGUACAUGAUCUUCGCCACGUUCAACGCACUUGCUUUCAUCCAUAUUUUCCUUUCAGCUCCCGAGACCAAAGGCAAAACACUCGAGGAGAUGGAUGAUGUUUUUAAUAGUGGUCUCCAUCCAUGGCAAAAACUUCCCGAGGGCUCCAGAUUAGACAGAUUAGCGGCAGAUAUAGAAGCAGGUGCAGUCAAGGUCGCAGCCCCCGUGGGUGGUGUUGGUGGCGUCCCUGGUGAGAAGCGCACCCAUCAUCACGACAGUGUAGUUGCUCCAGAGAGCGCUCAUCAUCGUGAUGGUAUCGCCGAUGUACGACAAGUUCAGCAUCAUGAUCUUCAUGAUGAGAAGGUAGUUGUUGGUCGUGAGCGUGGCACAGUGGUCUAA